UCAAUUUGGCACAUACUGCAAAUAGCUAGCCAGCUAGACGAAAGGAGGCUAGUAUUUCUCCUUCUCACAAAACUGGGUCGACAAUAAGUUGUUUUUCAUAUUAUCAAUGUAAAUGUACCACUCGUGUUCUCAGUAAGCAUUUGGGAUUGAUUGCUUGCCUCCAAAUCGCCGUGUUGUGAAGAAACGGAAGCGUUAUAAAAUAUCGAAAUAUACCGGUUGUACCAGCAAACUGUAGCUGGCUAACGGUAGCUAUUAGCUUCGAAACUACAGCAAGUAAGGCGGCUGGCUAGGCAACCAUUACUGUAGAAGCGGCUUUAGACCGCCGGCUGUCGAGCUACUUGUGUCAAGUCAGUUGCCAUAAUAGGAGGGAACGUGUGAUUGGUGGCCUAUGAGGAAGCCACGUCGAAAAGGCCAGGUGGCAGCAGGAGGUGGAGCCGAUGUCAGGAAGUCCAAUGGGACAAUUGGCGGGCGUGGGGGUGCCCGCCAGCGAUCCCCGUCCCCUUAUAGCCUUAAAGCGUCUCCAAGCAGAGAAACCCUGACUUACGCCCAGGCCCAGAAGGUGGUGGAAGUGGAACUGGAUGGUAGGCUUCACCGCAUUUCUAUACUGGAGCCAUUGGAGGUCAUUACUGAAGAUGAGAUGAUGGCUCAGGACAUUAGUGAGUGUAACAGCAACAAGGAGAACAGUGAGCAGUCAUCAUCUCCCACCAGCAGUGCCCAAACAGUCCGCAAACCCGUCACACCCCGAGGCCGCAGGAAAGACUCCAAAUGUCCUCCUGUCAAGUCGCCACCACCUUCCAAGAACCACUGCCCCAGUUCUCAUCCACAAACACCCGAAAAGUUUAACACAUCACACCAUCACCACAUGACCCUCCCCGAACCUAAGUUUCAUGUGCUAGAAACCUUCACGCCAGUCGAGGCACCUCCUCUGCCUACAGCAUAUUACCGCUACAUUGAAUGCUUAGCUGAGGAGCAGGAAGCUGAGGCAGAAUAUGACAUGGACGAAGAGGACACCGCCUGGUUGGAGAUGGUCAAUGCUGGCCGGACAUCAGAGGGUUACUCCACUGUCUCACCAGACACCUUUGAGCUGCUGGUGGACCGGCUGGAGGAGGAGGCGUACCGGGAAGCCCGCAGCCGGGCACCCUCUCAGAACACUAUUGACGACGAUGCCUUCUGCUGUGUGUGCCUAGAUGAUGAGUGCCUCAACAGCAACGUCAUCCUCUUUUGUGACUCCUGCAACCUGGCUGUGCACCAGGAGUGUUACGGAGUGCCCUACAUCCCUGAGGGCCAGUGGCUGUGCCGCUGCUGCCUACAGUCCCCUCAGAAACCUGUUGACUGUGUUCUAUGUCCGAACCGUGGCGGCGCCUUCAAGCAAACGAGUGACGGCCGCUGGGCACAUGUGGUCUGUGCCAUCUGGAUCCCUGAAGUCUGCUUUGCCAACACAGUUUUUCUAGAACCAGUGGAAGGGGUCAUUAACAUUCCCCCAGCACGCUGGAAACUGACCUGCUACCUGUGUAAGCAGAAGGGCCGCGGUGCAUCAAUUCAGUGUCACAAGGCCAACUGUUACACAGCGUUUCAUGUCACAUGUGCUCAGCGUGCUGGCUUGUUUAUGAAGAUAGAUCCUGUGCGAGAGACAAAUGUCAACGGGACCACAUUCUCUGUUAAGAAGACCGCAUUCUGUGAGGCCCAUUCACCACCAGGACAAGAGACCAUCUCAGAUGAAGAGAGUGAAGGAAGAGUGGUGGGCAGCAGAGGGAGAGCUAGUAGAGGAUGGAGUGCCUACACAGAGGGUCCUAUAACACCAAAAAAAGGCAGAAAGUCUGAAGAUGAUGCCAAGACGGAUAAAAAGAAAGGGAAGAAGAGCACAGAGUCAACAACACGACACACUGCUUCACCACAAAUGGCAAUGCCUCAGAUACCCACAAACAGGCUGAAUAUCAUCUGCAAAGGAAUCCUCUUCCAGAGAAAAAACCAGUUCAUGCAGAGGCUGCAUAGCUACUGGUUACUGAAGCGUCAGUCGAGGAAUGGUGUGCCGCUGGUCCGGCGUUUGCACUCUAAUGUCCAAUCCCAAAGGAAUACUGAACAGCCUGAGGUGGAUGAGAAGGUUUCUGCUGCAAGAGAAGCACUGAGAUAUUGGCAGAAGCUGCGGCAUGACCUUGAAAAAGCCAGGCUGCUGGUUGAGCUCAUCCGCAAGAGGGAGAAGCUCAAACGAGAACAGGUCAAAGUUCACCAAGCAGCUCUGGAGAUACAGUUGACCCCGAUGUUGGUGCUGCUCCGCUCCACUUUGGAGCAACUACAGGAGAAGGACACAGCCCAGAUCUUUGCACAGCCAGUCAACAUCAAGGAGGUCCCAGACUACAUGGAGUUUAUCAGCAAGCCCAUGGACUUUUCCACUAUGUGCUCUAAGUUGGAGAGUCAUGCCUACCGCUCAGUGGCUGACCUGGAAAUAGACUUCAACCUGAUGGUGUCCAACUGCCUCCUCUACAAUGCCAAGGACACAGUCUUCCACCGGGCAGCGUUGCGUCUUCGAGACUUAGGGGGAGCCAUACUGCGCCAUGCCCAACGACAAGCCACCAACACAGGCCUGGACAUGGACACUGGCAUGCUCCUUCCCGAGUCACCGCAGAAACGAGACUUUUACAGCUGCACCUGGGAGGAUGUUGACAGUGUGCUGGAUCCAGACAACCGGCUUCAUAUGACAGUGGAGGAACAGCUGAAGGAGCUGUUAGAAAAGCUGGACUUUGUGAGCUCCAUGCGAUGCAGUGGCGCCCGAACUCGACGCAUCCGCCUGCUUCGUCGUGAGAUCAACAACAUCCGCUACAGACAAGGCCAACACCCCCGCCACAGCCUUCACAAUGGACAUCUGAAAGAAGACGAUGAGGAUGACGAUGAUGAGGAAGAUGACGACAAAGAGGCCAAGGCAGACAACAGCCUUUCAUCUUCGGACAAAGAAGACCUCAAAUCCACUUCACCCCCGACACUGGAACCUACAGGGCCUGCUCCUCCUCCACGACGGGGGGACGCACCUCUGGAGCCUCCCACCCUGCGGCCAAUCACAGGGGAGCCCCAGUCCCCCAGCUGGCCCUGCAAACGCCUAAAGCUGGACGGUGACCUCUCAAACAGCACCACAGAGAACAUUAAUUGCACUAAAGCACAGGAGUGGCCUGUGUCACCGCCUCCCAUUUUGCACAGUGGACAAGGACAGGCAGUGGCCAACGGCCUGCCAGUGCUCAGCGCCCCUCCACGGCCCACCACCGGAGGAGUUGGGCGACGAACCUCUGUAUUGUUCAAGAAGGCAAAAAAUGGAGCUAAGCUGUUCAGAGAGAGAGACAAUCCUUUGCUGAAUGGCAAGGGGCCACAGGACGAUGAUACAAGCAACACCCCUACAGCACCCAACUCCACAUCCUCCACACCUUUGUCCACUCCAUCCAAGACCCCACAGAAAAGCCCAGGACCCCCCACCCUCAAUGAACAAUGGACCCCCAGCCGAGACAUGUGCUCAGAUAGUGAGCUGGAGAAGACACCAAAUCAUACACUGGAAAGUGGACUGACCAAUGGCUUCAAUAAGCACAAAGACGGCGAGUCCGACUCUGAGUACAGCCCUUGUCCAGUCCUCCACAGAGAAAUCAGCUCACCACCCAAACGAAGCCUCGGGAAACCAGCUCUUUCCAAAGUUCCCUUCCUGGAGAUAGUCAACGGAGACUCAGAUUACACUGGCAACGGCAGCCAAACGUCUGACGAUGAGACAGAGCUGGAGCCUCUAGAACUGGUGUGGGCUAAGUGUCGGGGAUAUCCUUCCUAUCCUGCUCUGAUCAUUGACCCAGAGAUGCCCGAGGAGGGCCUGUUGCACAACGGGGUGCCCAUCCCUGUCCCACCCAAAGACGUCCUCCGACUGGGGGAGCAGAGGCAGGAGGAGACCAACGAGAGGCUCUACUUGGUGCUCUUCUUUGAUAACAAGCGAACAUGGCAGUGGCUCCCACGUGACAAGGUGACACCCUUGGGUGUAGACGACACAGCAGACAAGCUGCGCAUAAUGGAGGGCCGCAAGUCCAGCAUCCGCAAGUCUGUCCAGGUGGCGUAUGACCGCGCCAUGAUCCACCAGAGCCGCGUCAGCCACAGCCACGGCUUUGUGGCCUCAAACUACCUGUAGAGGGCGACUGUGAGCGCCACAGUCAGCCACUAUGCAUUUCUCUUUGGUCUUAAAGGAGCAGGUGGGCAGAGUCCUACUGCAAGUUGAAUUUGUAUUCACACUGUGGUCUGAAGAGGUUGCUGUGGCAGCACCGAGUCCUGAACUGAAGUUCAUUACCAAACCACUAGUGUCUGACACACAGAGCAGUGGUGUUUGCCUUUGUGUCAUUGUUGUGGAUGAAGUUACCUUUAGGUCCCGUGUUGCUGCAGUCAGUAAGCGCUAGUUCCCUGUUCAGGGGUGUAUUGAGGGAUCUGCUUACUCCACCUGGAUGUGUUCAAGCUGUGUGUCUGGAUCAAAUGUAAAAGAAUUCCCCUCUAUUUUGUAUAAUGCUACUGCCAAGGAAUGAAAUUGUCAGAAAAGAGAUUUGCCAUAUUUAUAUGAAAUGCAGAUGACGUAUGAAUGGAUCACUGCCAUCUUUUAUACAAUAGCUUUUUACAUUUUAAUCUUUUACAAAGACACUUGUAUAAUAUAAAGGCAUACUUUGUGUACAUAUGUAUGUGUAUUAUCAAACCCAAUUUAAUUUAAUGUUGCUGUUUUGAAAUGCGUAUUUCAAUCAAUCCACAAAGGGCAAAGUGAGGCUGUGUGUAUUUGUGGAGAUAAAAUAAUUCCUGACUUGCUUACAACACAAUGAGCCAGUGUUCUUUAUAUUUGAAUUCUCUUUUUGAUACGGAGAGAAAUAAUUUAUUUAUGGAAGACAGAACUAUAGAAAUAAAGCUAUAUUGGUUAAAGUUGAGAAUUAAUUCUUAUUUAAAACAAAUGGAGUGUUUUAAAAACAUGCAGCCAAGAUUUUAACAAAUGAGUUCACACGGUUGGUUUGAUGUUGAUGAUUUUACUCAAGACCAACCGCCAUCAUUCACUGUUGACCCCAAGAAGAUUCUAUUUAUUGUCGAGAGCCCCAUUUUAUCAAAUGGAAAAAUACACCUUUAUAAGCUUGUACUACCUGCAUAUUUUACCUGCUCACAAAAUAUUUUGUCUGAACCAGUAUUUCCUAAUUUUGGGAAAGAAAUGCUCUAUUAAAAACCUUUUUGAAUAAUUAA